GUAGAGCUGUGUGUUUAGUUUUACUUCUCUUAAGUCUUAACACUAAUCAAUUCCUCAAUACAAAGGGAUUUAAUUUUUCCUAAUACUAUUCGUAUCAGGACGGUCAAAAAAAGUAUUAUAAAUAGGCAUGCAUGCACUCUUCAGCUCUUAUAAUCAAACUCCUCAAGAAAUUUAUAAUCUUUUUGGAGUUGAUCGAUUUCUUUGCACUAAAGGAAGAUGAAAUUUGAAGCCGGCGACCGGGUGGAAGUUUGCAGCAAACAAAAAGGCUACGCUGGUUCAUACUAUGAAGCUACAGUGGUCGAACCGCUUGACCAGGGCCAGUCCUACUCGGUUCGCUAUAAGUAUUCGUUAGAAGAAAAAACGAGUUUGAUGGAGAUUGUUUCUGCCGAUGAAGUCCGUCCGCCUCCCCCUCCGGCACCGGGAAUUUCGUCGGAGAUUAGUGGGGUUUUGAAAUAUAAGGCGGUUGAUGCUUUUGACGGAGUUGGGUGGUGGGUCGGACAGAUUACCGGAAAACCAUGCUGGAAUCACUAUGAUGUUUAUUUGAUGACGAGUGGUCAUCAAGUUAGUGUUCAUGCUGCUCAGCUGAGGCCUCAUUUAGAUUGGGAUCAUAAUACUUGUGAAUGGGACAGUAGGGUUUAUCGUUAGUAGAUUAUAGUAUUUUUAUUUCAUAUUUCCAAUUUUAAGAAUGGUUUUUAUUUCA